AAUCGCGGUGGGCGGCGGGGGAAGCCAAUAUCGUGUGCUGCCGCUCCACAAUUCCCUCGGCAACUAAAUAAUCGACGUCAGAGUACAGAGCCGCGAAGGAGCGCGAGCGAGCGAGAGAUACUUAGGAGCUAGCGGAGCGACGGAGAAAGAAAGCCCCCAGUGCUACUGCUGUCAAAUAUGGCGAGCGCCAGCAGUUGGUACAGCGCUGCUCCGCAGCCGCACCGCUGCCGCUGCUGCUACUCCUAUUGAGUCGUCCGACGACGAGGGGAGAAACGAAACGGCUGCAGAAACACACACACACACAUACACGUGGAUAGGUACAGUGUACACACUGACGCACAGUGCGGAGCGAGAGAGAGAGAGAGAGAGAGAGAGAGAGAGGAAGCGAGUGCAGCAGAAACGCGACGUCUAGUGCGGAGUCUGGACCGGAAUAUGUGGCUCCGAGCUCUGCAGCCACUGCCGCCGUCCUUGUCCUCAUCGUUGUCCGCGAGGUCCGGCGCCCUGCUGCCGCUGCUCCUCCCGCAGUGACGAUCGACGAGAAGCGAAGAUCGCUGAAACGUCGCACAGUGUGUGUGUGUGUGUGUGUCUCUGUGCGUGUGUGUCUCUCUCUCUCCGUCUGCCUGUCUGCCUGCGGUGUCAACAUCUUCCUGCCUGCCCUGCCGAGUCGCGCGCACGGCCGCAGCUGCAGCGAGAGAGAAAGUGCGCGACGACGACGUCGCUCGAGUGCAGUCCCGCCCGGGGUCGCAGCCGCAAUAUGUGACACGAGUGCCCGAAGCCGCAGUGAUAAGUACAGUGCGCCCACCGGUAGACGGGCUGUGAGACACGGCUGCCCAACUGAUUAUGGGGGUGGAAUAGUGAUGCGCCAACGGUAAUGGUAAUCGGGGAUGAACUAUGGGUGCUCAACAGACCAAGGACAGAGGAGUCAUUCCGCCCGGCACAGUCGUCAGGCAGGCGCGGAAACAGCCCAGGAAUCCUAAGGACUCCCGGGCCAUGGGCUCCAACAUCUUCACUGAGCACAGUGAAGCAUUACUUCAAAGCAGACCACUUCCACAUAUACCUGCCCUACCGGAAGGUGAUCCACCAAGUGGUUCCAGUGUACAGUCAAUCUCACAGCAAUCUAAUUUAGAUCAACAUGUCUCUGUGUCAAGUAGUGGCCUUCUUGAAGCUGCAAACAGAUGGACCAGCAAAGAAAAUCUUCUAGCUCAAGAAGAAGAUGAUCCGCAACUUUUUGUUGCGUUAUAUGACUUUCAAGCUGGUGGUGAAAAUCAACUAGGUUUAAAGAAAGGUGAGCAAGUUCGCAUAUUAAGUUACAACAAGAGUGGAGAAUGGUGUGAGGCUCACUCAAGCAGUGGUCAAGUUGGCUGGGUGCCAUCAAACUAUGUAACUCCAGUUAACUCUUUGGAAAAACAUUCCUGGUAUCAUGGCAGGAUAUCGAGAAAUGCUGCUGAAUAUCUCUUAAGUUCCGGUAUAAAUGGAAGUUUUCUUGUUCGUGAGUCGGAAAGUAGUCCCGGUCAGCGUAGUAUUUCGUUACGAUAUGAAGGACGAGUGUAUCACUAUAGAAUUAACGAAGAUAGUGAUGGAAAGAUGUACGUGACGACGGAAAGCAUUUUUAAUACGCUGGCGGAAUUGGUACAUCAUCAUUCCAUGCUAGCAGACGGUCUUAUUACACAGCUUUUAUAUCCAGCACCAAAGCGUAACAAGCCAACAGUUUUUCCUCUUAGUCCUGAACCUGACGAAUGGGAAAUUAACAGGACUGAUAUUGUUAUGAGACACAAGUUAGGAGGUGGACAGUAUGGUGAUGUUUAUGAAGCAGUAUGGAAGCGAUAUAAUAUGACGGUUGCAGUGAAAACUCUUAAAGAGGAUACUAUGGCAUUAAAAGACUUUUUGGAAGAAGCAGCAAUUAUGAAGGAGAUGAAACAUAGGAAUUUAGUACAAUUAAUAGGCGUAUGUACGAGGGAACCGCCUUUUUAUAUUAUAACGGAAUUUAUGAGCAAAGGGAAUCUAUUAGAUUAUUUACGUAAUGAAAGCAAACACCAAAUUAAUGCUGUAGUUUUAAUGCAUAUGGCAACGCAAAUUGCAAGUGGUAUGAGCUAUCUAGAAAGUCGAAAUUUUAUUCAUCGGGAUUUAGCUGCAAGAAAUUGUUUAGUGGGAGAAAGUCAUUUAGUUAAGGUUGCUGAUUUUGGUUUGGCAAGACUCAUGAGAGAUGAUACAUAUACAGCUCAUGCUGGUGCAAAAUUCCCAAUCAAAUGGACAGCUCCCGAGGGACUGGCUUACAAUAAAUUUUCUACUAAGUCUGAUGUAUGGGCGUUUGGUAUUCUACUAUGGGAAAUAGCAACUUACGGGAUGUCUCCAUAUCCGGGGGUUGAUUUGACUGAUGUAUACCACAUGCUUGAGAAAGGUUAUCGAAUGGAAUGUCCACCUGGUUGCCCACCCAAAGUUUAUGAACUCAUGCGACAAUGCUGGCAAUGGUCAGCUUCAGAUAGACCGACAUUCAAAGAAAUCCAUCAUUCCUUAGAAAAUAUGUUUCAAGAAUCAAGUAUCACAGAAGAAGUAGAAAAACAAUUGCAAGGCAGUGGUAGCCAAGUUCAAUUGUUAUCCUGCAAUAAAUCGCAAACUGGUAGCUCAGGAAAUAUUCAUGGACUUGUGCUUGCAGCUGAACAGCAUACUUCUGCAGGUACUCCAGAAUCAACAAGUUCAGUUACCAAGUUAAGUACUUUUAUGGGUGGUCUUUCAAACAAAGGAAACAGCAGUAUGGUACAAAUGAGACGAUCAACAAAUAAAAAGGGCAAACAAGCUCCUGCUCCACCAAAGCGUACAAGCCUUCUAUCGUCGUGUAGUUCUUUUCGAGAUUCUGCAUAUCAGGAUCAGGAUCAUCAAAACGCGGAAAUGCCUAAUGUCGCAUUGCACGAUGGCACUGAUCUAAAUGGUAUUGACAAGAUUUUUCAAGGGAUGACACGUGACCUCGUGACAAUGGCCACCCAGUCGAGUACUGGGGGAGGCUGGGACAUGGAGCACGACGGCGACGGCUCGCAGGGCACAGCGGAACCGAAUUUCCUUCCCCAGCCGUCGACUUCGCCGGAACCGCUAUCCAACCAUAAACAAUUAAAAACACGCACCCACACGUCUAAGGAUGCGCUGCCACAGAAGCUGGUCCACGUGGGAGCCUUAGAGGUGCAAAAUGUUAAGCGAGCAAUUCACCGGUAUGGCACCUUGCCGAAAAACGCAAGAAUAGGGGCCUACCUCGAGUCUCUGCGCCAGAGUGGUAUACCUUCCAAUCAGGAAAACAGCGGUUCAACCGUAUCCCCAUCGAUGUGCACCUCUACUAUCGAGCAGCAGCAGCAACAAUCGUCCGAGGCACCGGCAAGCAUCGGCAUCGCCGACGUGCACCAGCACCGCUCACUUUCGCCCCGACAGAAUAACCUGCGCAACCAGCCGCAAAUGACUCGUAGCAAUUCUUCGAGCGGCGUUGUUAAUACCUACCAUCCGCCUAAUUCGCCGCGCAGCCGUAACGCCAUCGGCUCGGUUCGCAAAAACAACACCAGCAGCGUCGCCAAUACCGUCGAAACUAGUAGUCUUAGGACUUUCCGAGUGCCACCCAACACCUCGACAUUCCGUACAGCCAGUCCACCCAGACCGACUCAGCCCUGCAGCCUCGCUGACCUCGAGUUUCCUCCGCCACCGCUCGACCUGCCACCGCCACCAACUGAACUGCUCAACUCAGGUGACCAGUGCGAUUUGCUACCGCCGCUAUCCGUCUCGCCGGGAAGUCAGUCGCGUAAUACCACGGGGUCGCUGUCGCCAUGCGCUCUCAGAAAGCCGGUUGCGAAGCCCGAGCGCCGAUCCAGAGAUGAACCGACCAGCGACGAACACAACGACCUUAAGUCCGCCGAGCCAUCGGUUAAGGAAGCCAGCUCUAGAUUUGGUGUCAAUCUCAGAAGACGGGAACAGCAACAGCAGAAAUCUAAUGAGCCCAAGGUUGCCGAUGCGUGUGGCCAGACUUCACCUCAGGACGAAGCGACAACUUCGCCACUUAUGGCACCCCCGCCGCCGCCGCCACCGCCACCUCCUCCGCCCGUCGAAGAGACCGAAGCUGAGACUCAGGAGGCAAAUAGCAAUAGUCUCGGCACCUUCUCCUCUAAGCCCGGCAUGAAGGAGAUGCUCGAGCUCAAGCUUAUCAAUGAAAUCAAGCAGAGUUGCGAAAUGAAGCCAGGCGGCACGCUUCGGAGAACUCACCCGCCAAGCACUAGCGCGCCGCUGGAUCCGGCUUCGCAACUGCUGUCCGAGCUUUGCGCGAGCUUCAGCGUAGACACGAGUAGGCAAAAUGAGUACGCGAUUGCUAACGUCUUGGCUGGUGGAGCCAAUAACGUCGAGGCGAAAGAUCAACACCCGCCCGCAGUUUCACCGCUCACUGAUGCAGCUGGUCUUGGUUUCAAACUAAAGAAAGUCGAGAGAAGAACGAAUCCGCCACCGCCCAAAGAGGAACACACUGACAAUCAGAUCAUAGACUUCAAAGCGCGGUUGCGAAAAGUCGACAACGCUAUGGAAAAGUCGACGACAAGCAUCGACGAAAAAGCUGGCGGAGGUGGCAAGAAGUCGGACGACGAGAGAACGAGUGUUGCAGACUCGCUGGACUGCCCAUCGGACGAGCAGUCAGAUGACAAAAGGCGGAGCACAGGCAGCAUUAGUAGUCUCAAAAAGCUCUGGGAGAACAAGGAAGUAAAUGCCAGUGGUGGUACGGAAACGAAUAGUAACCAGGCGGCACCUACCAGUCCCAAACUCGGUGGACCUGUUAGAGCUCCGACUGGAAAAUCAGAAGACGCGGGUGAAGACUCGCCAGAGGACGUCAGCGCCGCAUCGACGCGCAGCUCGGCUACAAGUGGCAAGAGCGACGCUAGAUUACAGUGGCCACCGCCGUCUUCUACGUGCACGGAUGUGGAAAAACCGGUCGUCCCGGCUAAACCAAACAAGCCGCUUGUUGGAACUGGUAAACACUUUGGCUCGUCGAUUUACGCGACGCCCAAUUGCCAUCAGAAGGGUGGUUCUGACGAGGAACAGCAGAUAACGUUGAAACAGAGUAGCCCCGAGUCCGGGACAAAGGGCAAUAACGGCAGUAAUACUGCCAACAGCAAGCAAAAUAUCCUCGAGAUUGCGAACGUCAUUGAGAACAGUAUAGUCAAUCUAAAGGGUAAUCCCAGUAUAGUCAUGGCUAGCUGGCUUCAGCUGUCUGACAAGGUGGGUCUGUUACACGGAAUGUGCACGAACCACGCCCAAGAGGCGACAAUACCGCCCCACGCAAAAUUUCAAUUUCGGGACGUACUCUCGCGACUAGAGUUGCAAGCGCGUCAGUUAAGAGCAGCGGGCACGCGAAAUAUCUCCGAAAACACGAGGCUGCUGACGGACUUACAGAACACGAUAAAAGACGUGAGCAACAUGGUGCAGAGAUAAAGGCGCGUCGAGGCUCGUGGCUGCAAACACUUGCUCACAGGAUAUUAUUAUUCUUAUGAUCAUUAUUACUAUAAUUGUGACUCUCACGCGCAUUCGUCGACGAGAAUCAAAAGCUAGAUGGACAGAGAGAAUUAGAUAGGACCGGGCUGAAGAAGCAGAUGCUCGGGAGUUUCACUUUCUUUUUCGUUUCGUCGUAGCUCUUUAGCGAGAGAGGGUUAGAACUUGUAAUACUAUAUCACUCGACUCAAAGACGUUAUUUUUUAAGUAAGAAAAUAAUUAAAAAAAAAACCAUCGAUCUAAGUCAUUAGUAACGAUGUCCGGAGAAAGAGAGGAGAAGAAUGAUGAAGAAGCAAAACGUGUUUUUUAGCUUGCGACUUCAGACUACGCCGUAGAGACUGCUUCAACGGUAUUUUUUAAUUAAAAAAAUAUAAAUGCGAGAAAAACUCGGUAUAUUUGGAUAUCAUGAAAUGAGUGCACGAGUGUACGAGAACAAAUGUGUGAAAAAAGGUUGUUUAGACUUUUUGACGAAAAAAAAUGAAGCUUGCCAUCAUCCUUGUCUCUAUAGCCCCCUACCUACCUUUUGCUCUUCCUUAUUGUAUAUCAAUGCUCAAGCCUGAGUAUGUAAAGGGCUCAAAUCUAAACCUUUCAUCCAUUGUGAGAAAAAUCUAAAAAACGCAAAUUAAAAAAUUAAGCUCUAACUUUAUGUAUUGCGUAAGAAUGGCUUUUAUGGGGAAUGAUUGUCGAAAUACUAUGGCGAAGCCGCAAAUAAGCUGAAAGAACAAACAAAAUAAAAUGCAAGAAGUGUAAGAACUAUUUAUUCUCCCAAGUUGCUUAAAAGUAUCGUACGUCGUCUUCAUUCUUUCAUCGAGUUUUAUACAUGAAACGUAAAUACCGCUUAGUAUACUAUGCGCCAAGUCUUGGAUUUAGAUUAUAAAGACAAAGUAUGUUUAAGUCAUUUUAUGUGUACUAUGAGACAAUAUAACGAUUUUGUAUUUGUAUAGAUCGAGUCGGACGACGACUACCGUAAUUGUACGCUUGCAUAAAUUAUUCUCUCCCUUUUCCCCCAUAAGAUCGGUAAUGUGUAUAAUUAUUCCAACUUUAAAAAAGAGAUGAAAACGCAAAGUAUGAAAAUAUUGAAAAAGGCGUUCACCUCCGUGUAAUAGACGGUAUAUAUAUGUUCUUCCACAAUCAAAAAAUAGUCUUGAAUAGGAUACGGUGUUUGAUGUCUCACAAGCAUUUGUUUUUUACUUACAAAAUAAAAUAAUAGAGUGAGAGGGAGAGAGAGAGAGAGAGAGAGAGGGGGGGGGGAGUGAGAGAGAGAAGCAGCAUGAGAGUUAUCAAAAAUCGUAUUUGUCGCAAGAUUUCGCGCUCGAUAUGCUUGCGAGAUCGACUAGAGCCGGACGAAUACUCACGGUUACGAAUAAAAUAUAAAAAGAAAAUUUUUAAUCCCUAUUGCACUGCCUGUUAUUAAACUACUGUACUAGCGCAUUUUAUCUUGCGACCUUGGGUUGACCGGUCUUUAUUUUAUUAUAUUUUUCUUUUUUAGUAUCUGUGAUAGAGCGACACCAAUGCUAUUUCGACCUCUUUUGUCUUCAAAACAAUUGUUACUCAACAGUGAGUGCAUUUUAAACAAAAUGAAUCAUGUAAGAAAAAGUAAUAAAUUUACAUCCUUUUCUUCGAUGAAUACCGAAUAUAUCCGCGAAGGUGGAUACGAAAUGACGAUUUAUGUAAUGUGUAUUAUAGUAAUUUUAUGAAUUAUUUAUGUCAUGUAUUUAUUUUUAAUCUUCUCUUAGUGUAAAGUUUCGGCGCUGAUCGAUCAACAACGUAUGGACUCGCUAAUACAAAAUUUUAAUAUUGCUUUAUACAUUGAUAUCAAAUUGAAAAUAAAAAUACUGAUCAAAUUAUA